AAACAAACAACAGCCAAAAUGCUGCUCUGCUGCUUUUUUCGGCCACGAAUUGUGGACGAUGAACCAAGCGAAGAGCAACAACUUAAAAAAGGAAAGCGUGUUAAGAAAGAGAAGAAAAAGAAGAGAGGAAUGAAGAGGGGAAAACUGGAGGAGCAGUCUGAGAAGCAGGUGGAGGUGAAACAGACAAAAGCUGAAAAGGAGGAGGAAGAAAAGAAGGAAGUGGAGGAGGUGGCAGUAACUGAGGAGCUGAAAGAUGAGGAGACGUCUCUGAAGAAGGAGCAGGUGGAGGAACCUGUCCCAGCAGAUCCACUGGGUUUCAGAGAUGAAUCCAGUGGUGAUGCUGCCAUUGACAUUGAGCUGGUUAGAAAAUGGAUUGAAGAGCUGCUGAUGGACAUUAUGACCGGAUUCACAGAUCAUGAUGACAUCAUGGAUGAGCAGAAAUCCCUCGAUGCUGACUGUAGCAGCUCUGUUGGAGCUCCAGUGGAGGACAAAGAAAUGACAGAAGUGGAGGAGGUGGCAGUAACAGAGGUGACGGUUGAAAAGAAGCAGGAGGUGACAGAGAGGGAGAAAGAUGGGGUGGAGAAAGAGCUAUUGUUGGAGGAGAUCAGUAUGGAGAGAGUGGAGGAAGUGAAGAUGGACCUGGAGAGAGUAACAGAGGAGCUGAAAGAUGAGGAGACGUCUCUGAAGGAGGAGCAGGUGGAGGAACCUGUCCCAGCAGAUCCACUGGGUAUCAGAGAUGAAUCCAGUGAUGACUCUGCCAGUGAAUCUGAGCUGCAGACUACAGCAUGGUGUAAAGACCUGCUGUUGAACACAAUUCUGGCAAACGCUGUGAGCAAACUGGAGGACAAUGAGGCAAAAGCCAGCAGCACUGACUUUAAGAGCAGUGGUGAUGCUCAGCAUCAGAAUUAUGAGUUACUGCUCAUGACAAUGAAGAAGAAAUGGGCCGGAAAAUUCUCAGAAACGAGUGCUGUGAGGAGGCCUCUGGUCCAUCCUCUGACCUCCUGCCUCCACACUGAUGCCCCAGUAGUCCUGCAUCUCCAUCUGAACUCCACAGUGGACUUCACCCUGAAAGAUGAGCUGAAACAGAUGGAUCUGAAGAGGAAGUGGAUGGAACGACUGAGGCAGAGGGAGGAGCUAAAGAAACUGAGUGGCAGUACUGUUAUCAUGCCGACGGAUGUCAGCGACGCUGAGAAAAGUGUUUUCAAGACCACUGCUGCAUGUAAGGCAUCUGAAGAGGAGAUUCAAGAGACUACAGUGUGGUGUAAAGACCUGCUGUUGAACACAAUAUUGGCCAACAGUCUGAGCAAACUGGAGGACAAGGAGGCGAGCACCCACUUUAAGAGCAGUGGUGAUGCUCAGCAUCAGAAUUAUGAGUUACUGCUCAUGACAAUGAAGAAGAAAUGGGCCGGAAAAUUCUCAGAAACGAGUGCUGUGAGGAGGCCUCUGGUCCAUCCUCUGACCUCCUGCCUCCACACUGAUGCCCCAGUAGUCCUGCAUCUCCAUCUGAACUCCACAGUGGACUUCACCCUGAAAGAUGAGCUGAAACAGAUGGAUCUGAAGAGGAAGUGGAUGGAACGACUGAGGCAGAGGGAGGAGCUAAAGAAACUGAGUGGCAGUACUGUUAUCAUGCCGACGGAUGUCAGCGACGCUGAGAAAAGUGUUUUCAAGACCACUGCUGCAUGUAAGGCAUCUGAAGAGGAGAUUCAAGAGACUACAGUGUGGUGUAAAGACCUGCUGUUGAACACAAUAUUGGCCAACAGUCUGAGCAAACUGGAGGACAAGGAGGCGAGCACCCACUUUAAGAGCAGUGGUGAUGCUCAGCAUCAGAAUUAUGAGUUACUGCUCAUGACAAUGAAGAAGAAAUGGGCCGGAAAAUUCUCAGAAACGAGUGCUGUGAGAAGGCCUCUGGUCCAUCCUCUGACCUCCUGCCUCCACACUGAUGCCAAAGUAGACCUGCAUCUCCAUCUGAACCCCACAGUGGACUCCACCCUGAAAGAGGAGGUAAAACAGGUAGGUAUGAAGAGGACGUGGAGGGAACGACUGAGGCAGAGGGAGGAGCUAAAGAAGCUGAGUAGCAGUUCUGAUAAAAGGCCAACGGAUGUCAGCGACACUGAGAAAAGUGCAAAUGCUGUGAGGAAACUGGAGGACAAGGAGGCGAAAGCCAUCAGCACCUACUUUAAGAACAGUGGUGAUGCUCAACAUCAGGACUAUGAGCUGCUGCUGAUGAAAAUGAAGAGGAAAUGGGCCGGAAAAUUCUCAGAAAUGAGUGCUGUGAGAAGGCCUCUGGUCCAUCCUCUGACCUCCUGCCUCCACACUGAUGCCAAAGUAGACCUGCAUCUCCAUCUGAACCCCACAGUGGACUCCACCCUGAAAGAGGAGGUGAAACAGGUAGGUAUGAAGAGGACGUGGAGGGAACGACUGAGGCAGAGGGAGGAGCUAAAGAAGCUGAGUAGCAGUUCUGAUAAAAGGCCAACGGAUGUCAGCGACACUGAGAAAAGUGCUUACAAGACCACUGCUGCAUGCAAGGCAUCUGAAGAGGAGAUUCAAGAGACUACAGUGUGGUGUAAAGACCUGCUGUUGAACAACAUUGUGUCAAACGCUGUGAGGAAACUGGGGGACAGUGAGGCAAAAGCCAUGAGCACCCACUUUAAGAACAGUGGUGAUGCUCAACAUCAGGACUAUGAGCUGCUGCUGAUGAAGCUGAAGAGGAAAUGGGCCAGAAGAUUCUCAGAAAUGAGUGUUCAGUCUCAGCCUCUACAUCCACCACGGACCAACCCUCUUAAUGUACACUCACCAGCGAAGACACAGGAGCAGACGAGCAACAAGAAGAACCUGAUUAAAACCAGCACUUGCUCUCAGGAAGAGGCUCAUGCAAUGAAGAUCCAAAGAAAAUGGAGCAAAAGGCUGACAAAGAUGUAA